AUGUCCGACAUGAAUAAGAAGCGCAAGUUGGAGAAUGCGCAGCAUCCCUCAUUCGGUAUGCCCGAGCCGAAGCAUAUCAAAAAAGAGGCCACCGGCCGUGGCAAGCCUUCCGAAGUGAUCGUCAUCGACGAUGACGACGACUCCGAGACGAAGCCGAUGCUUCAUAACAACCAAGACGUCAAGAACUUGAAGACCACAGUUCGACGGCAGGAAGACUCCAUCCGCGAUGUACGCAACACCAGCGAGAACCUGAGGGACCAAAUCACGGAAUGGUCUUUACGCGCUCAGCAGCUUGAAUCUUCUAACACAGCACUCAACGUCAAGGAACACGAGAGCCUUGCUAAGCGACUGGAGGCCGUGGAGGAGCAGAUCAACAAGAGAGACUUCCUUAGCGAUGUGUUCGAUAAGGACGCUAUCGGCAUGGGCCGUCAGGAUUAUCACGACCCUCGAGGCCGAUUCCAAGGCCUCGAAAGCAGCGCAUCUGAAGACAAGAAACCUGCUGUCUCUAGUGCCGCUGACAUGAAGUCUGGCAUCACCAGUUCGGGGCUACCAAUGGCCAUCCAACCAUCGAUCACACAGCUCGGUCUGGCGGAGGAGCAUUACAAGUCGAUGCCUACACUUACCAAUUGCGGCCUGGAAAAAAUCCUCAACAAAGUUGACUUCUUCAACACCGACCAUCUGCGAGCCCUCAUGGAGCUCGAUAAGCGCGAGGAGCUUCGUGACUCCAUCCUAAUGUGCGACAACCACACAUUCCCGAAAUUUCGAGUUAACUACAUCCUCAAGGGCGCUAAGCUCGAGGAAAGAGGCUUGGGUAAGCUGAGAGUGCUGGAGCUCGCCAUCAUUCAGUUCCCGGGCGACCCGGAAGACCAAUUUGCGAUGAAGAAGCCGGUUCCGCCGCCCAGGUACGUGUACGACCUAGGCCAGCUGUUCCUGCGACGCAAAGGCCUGGACCGAUUCGAUAUCCACGGGACAAUGUUUAACAUCGUGAUCGACAUCGCCAAGCCGCAGAAGCCGAUCUGGCUGGUGAUGAGACCCGAGUACACACCAGGGUCCCAAGUCAGAAAGGACAGGGAAAGCACUUACCCCUUCCAAACCCACACGCAUUUCAUGAACGGGGUUGCCUUGGCCCGACUCACCGCGAACACAUCUGAUCUGAGCCUUACGCAAGCCCCUUUCUCGUUUGGAUCGGAAAGCGCAUUCUACCAGGCGCAGCAUUCGGUGACGAAUACGUCGUAUAAAGGCCAGCUCCGUUUCCGGACUCCUGUUUACGAUGAGAUGAUGCAGGUGAUUGCGACUGGCUGGUCCAAGAAGUAG